UGUAGUUGAGUAGUAAAUACAAUUUACGUAUCCCCAAGUAUUUCUGGCAUUCGCCAACGAGAUAUGGUGCAAGUCAGACACAAUCAGAUAGACCGGAUGGAGAGGAAGCGUCUCUCCUUGUGAAUCCUUACACCCAUUUAUUAUUCUUGUGCAUUUUUUUCACAUUGUGCUGUGUUACAAUUUUUACUUCAUUAAACCAAAAAAUAAAACUAAUUGAUUUUGUGUGUUGAGAUAUUGAAGGAAUUUUUCCUGAUGUAGGACAAAUUAGUCAUUCUUUUGAAAUAUUUUCGUAAAUUAGUGUUUUUUUUUUCUAACAAAUAAAAGUGGACCAAAUAAUUUUUUAAAUAAGAUUUUUAAGGAAACUUAAAAGGUGUUUAAAAGUGUAACUUUGUUGCAAGGACUUCAUUUUCUUUCUUAUUAUUGGAUUAUCCUUUUGCGAAAUUCGAAAGCAUUUUGUGAAAUAAAUUAGUAGCAGAAAAAAAACAAAUAUUGGACAGUAGAAAAAUUGUCCAAAUGCAAUGGAAAAGGAAAUGCAGAAAAAUUAGUGAAAAUGUCCAAGUGCAAAAAACAUUGGGAUAAAAUGUUGUGAUGCAUCUGUGGUUAGAUGAUGAGAUGAGGGUAGAGAAAAACGUUUAUUUGUGGCAGAAGAUAGGAUAAAUUUUUGGGAUUUUCAAGGGACAGUGCUGACGAAAUAAACGAAAAAACAAGCCAAAAGAGCGAAAGAGAGAUAGAAAAGAGGAAUAAACGUUGAAAAAAACGGGUAGAAGAGGGAAAGGAGUCAUGCAUUCGCCAGUUCGAUCAUCGCCAUUGGAUUUACGACCCGCCCUUUCGGCAUCACCAUCGCAAAUUGGAAAUGAUAAGCCACGACCACCGCUGGUGAAACCGCCCUAUUCCUACAUUGCUCUAAUCACAAUGGCCAUUCUCCAGUCACCCCAAAAGAAACUCACCCUUAGCGGUAUCUGUGAGUUCAUUAUGACACGGUUUCCCUACUACAAAGAAAAAUUUCCAGCGUGGCAAAAUUCUAUUCGUCACAAUCUUAGCCUAAACGAUUGUUUUAUCAAAGUCCCACGGGAACCGGGUAAUCCGGGAAAAGGGAAUUUCUGGACACUGGAUCCAUUGGCUGAGGAUAUGUUCGACAAUGGGAGUUUCUUGCGCCGCCGGAAACGGUAUAAACGUACAAAUAUUCCUCAGGGCUUGUCCUUUCCAUCGGUUUUUAGUACCUUUACGCCGUUUUGGGUGAGGAAACCUGUACCCAUUCUACCAGCACAAAUUGAUGCCUCCCGUUUCUCGAGCUACAUCGAGAACUAUGAAAUAUUUGCCCAUAGACAAGAGUUACUUCAAGGGACGGACUACAGUGUAAGUCCCGAAGUUUCUCACUACAAACAUCCGGAGAUUAAGACAGAGGUCCCGGGGAAUGCGUCACAAUCAGCAAAGAUUCCAGUUAGAAAGGGUUUUGAGGGCUGUCGAAACUACUCUUCAGUCCUCAAUAUUCUCUCGCGCAACAGUGAGGCCAAUAGGAAAGAGUUCCUCGAGAAUAUUGAGAGAUCAACGGGAAUUUUCUGCAAUCGUUCGUUACCGCCGGAAGUGGGUACAAUGGCAUACAUGAAGGAAUCAUCGAAGCUGGAUGAUGCACAUACAUCAUUCAUGCGCCCUGAUAUUCACAAUGAUUUUGCCACGUGCGACGGUGGCAGCUCCAAUGAUAAGAUUGAUGUUGAGAGUGAAAGUGAUUCUGAGGGGGAAGUCAAGAGAAAUUUCUUACCAUUCGAUGGAUACAAUCACAAUCCUAUUCACUAUCAGGCAACUACGGCCAAUUGUGGUAUGUUGGGGCGCGAAGGUGAUGACAAAAGUGAUCCCAUUAAUCCACCUGACAUACUCUCAGGUGGAGACAUGGUGCACAAUUUGAGUGCCAAACCUACCCAUGGAGUUCCAUUGAAAAAUCCCACAUAUGAUGAACUUCUUGGACUAUGUUCCAACUUCACCAAUCGCUAUGCAACUGUGACAAAUUUUCAAGGAGUCACCACUAAUCGGUCUCCACGCGACGAGGAGGUUCAUAUCAGGGAUGAGAAAACCCAUUCACCACAGUCCUAUCCGGGAAGGAUUCCACACAGAGAUGAUCCUGACACAACAAUCCUGGAGUCCAAUAUACUCACUAAGAAGCGCAAAUAUGCCAAUGUUAAGGGAUUCAGUAUAGAAAAUCUAAUUGGACAAGCUAUCGAUGAGACAUGAAAAUGCACUUCAUGCAUUUCUCCUGAAAAUGAUCCCAUUUUGUGACCCUAAAAAAUGAAUCUUCAAAAUCAAUUAAAAUACCUGUGACAAACUGCCCUUUGCCCUAUAAAAAAAAAAACAAAUAUUUAUCGCAGUGGAGUUGACGAUCCGGGAACAACUUUAAAGAGAGCGUCUUAAAUUUCCCAACUAUCUCUCCUUGCCUGCAGACUAAGAAGAAUUUCCCUUUUGCACCGAAAUACAUAACAAAUGUAUAUAUAAAAUAGAAAUUCAAAUGAUUCUCCCUUCAUUCUUCUAUAUAUGUUUUUAGAGUAAUGUGAUGUGUACAUAAAGAUUGGAUUGAUAUGUGAAUCUCUCUUCUAAGGAUAUUGAAAAAUUGUAUUUGUGAAAUGUAUCAGAUUAUGUAAUUGAAUGUAGUUUUAAAGAAGAAAAAUCCAUUUUAACAAGUUUAGAUAUGUAAGAAUCAGCAGGACACAGAAUUCUCAGUUAUUCAAAUUAUAUAAAGUGCAGAGAAUAUAUGA